UUGCAUUUGUUUCCAGAUGUGGCGAUUUGGUGUGCUGCGUUUUGGUGUGCUGCGUCGGCCGUCGGCGCUGGUCGCGCGAGCACCGAACGCGGUCAACAUGUCGUCCAAGCCCCCUCGCAUCCUGUGUACGGACCCGAUACACCCCUCUGGGGUCGACUUUCUCCGCAGCCAAGGCUACAUCGUGGACACGACUGCGCUGUCGCAUACUCAACUCGUCGCUGCCGUACCUGCCUACGAUGGCCUCAUCGUGCGCUCGUGCACGCAGGUCGAUCGCCAAGUCCUUGACGCAGCUGAAAACCUCCGUGUCAUCGGCCGUGCAGGCACCGGCGUGGACAACAUCGACGUUGUGACUGCAACGAAGAAGAGCAUCCUUGUCAUGAACACGCCUGUUGGGAACAACGUGUCGGCCGCCGAGUUCACCAUGGGUCUACUUACCUCAUUCAACCACUCUAUCAUCUCGGGUGUACAUGGGAAGACCGUGGGUAUCGUUGGGCUCGGCCGCGUCGGGUCAGAAGUGGCCAAGCGAUGCCAGGCCUUCGGGAUGAACGUGCUUGGGUACGAUCCACUUGUGUCGGAUGCAGCGGCCAAAGCGUCGGAAAUCGAGCCCGUGACGCUCGAGGAUCUCUGCGCGCGCAGUGACUUCAUCACACUGCACUGUCCCUAUACUCCCACGACCAGGAACCUCCUGAAUGCUGAUCGCCUGCAGCGCUGCAAAGACGGCGUGCACAUCGUCAACACGUCGCGGCACCAACUGAUGGACCCCGACGCGCUCCUUCACGCUCUGGACAGCGGCAAAGUCAGCGGCGUUGCGCUGGACAUGGUCCCAUCCAACCACGCGCUGUACUCGCACCCAAAGGUCGCGACGACACCGCACAUCGGAGCCAACACGACCGAGGCCCAGGAACGUGUGUCUAGAAAGAUUGCGACGCAACUUCACCACGCUCUGCGUCAAACCAAGUUUGAGAACGUCCUGAACGCGCCCAACUUGGACCUCCUCGGGCAGUCGGUCCAACCGCCGUACUAUGUGCUGGCGGAAAAACUCGGAAGCUUGCACGCGCAACUGCUCGGGCCGCAGCGCAUCAAAAAGAUUACAGUUGUUGCGCAAGGCAAGGACGUCAAGGAGCAGCUCCUCCACGCGGUAUGCCACGGCCUCUCGCGCCACUUGCUCGAGCAGGAAAUUGGAGACGACGCAGUGGCAAUCCUGCAGUCGCGCGGCAUCGGUCUCGUCGAACACAACCAGGAAGACGUAGACAACAGCAGUUAUUCGAACCUGGUGCAAGUGACGUGCCACCUCGACGAUGGCAGCACGCGGUCACUCACCGGUACGGUCUUCAUGAAGAGCCAACUGCGCCUUGUCCAGUACAACGCGCUCAGCUUGGACGCGGUCUUGAGUGGGUGCAUGGUCUUCUUCAACAACAACGACCGUCCUGGUGUCUUGGCUUCCGUGACCCAAGUGCUUGCGUCGCAUGCCAUCAACAUUGGAGCGUUUGGGCUCGGCCGCACGGAUGCGUAUGCACUCGGGGUGCUGAAUUUGGAUGAAGUGCCUUCGGAAGACGCGCUGGCGGCGCUUGCCCAAGUCGACGAGCUGUCCAAUGUGCGUUUGGUCAACUUGCUGGACAUGCCGCUGAAGCGCCAGUUGUCGAGCCAUGCGUCCACUAGCAACGCGACCGACAACGUACCAAAGGUGAAGCCCCAAUCGAUGAACUUUGGAUCGGGACCGUGCAAAAAGCACCCAGAGUAUGCCUUGCAUAAGCUUCCAAGCCGUGCUCUUGGCCGCAGCCAUCGAUCGGCGCUGGGAAAGGGAAUUUUGCAUGAGGCCAUCGUGAAGACAAAGCAAGUCCUGCAGCUUCCGGCGGACUACGUGUGUGGGAUCGUUCCAGCGUCCGAUACGGGGGCGUUCGAAAUGGCCAUGUGGAACCUCCUCGGCCCCAAGCCAGUGGACAUGGUGUACUGGGACGCGUUUGGCAAGGGCUGGUUCGAAGACGCAACGAAGCAGCUCCAGCUUGACAACGUCCGAGAAAUCUCGGCGCCGUACGGGUCGCUGCCCGACUUGACUCGAGUCAACAAGGACCACGACGUAUGCUUUACGUGGAACGGGACGACGAGUGGCGUUCGUGUGCCCAACGUCGACUGGAUCGCCGACGACCGAACCGGCCUCGUCCUGAACGACGCGACGUCGGCCGCGUUUGCGAUGGACAUUCCGUGGCACAAGAUCGACGUGUGCACGUUCAGCUGGCAAAAAGUGCUUGGUGGCGAGGGAGCCCAUGGGAUGCUCAUCCUGUCGCCGCGCGCGCUGGAUCGCUUGUCGACGUUCCACCCGACGAACCGCCCGAUGCCCAAGAUCUUUCGCCUCAAGAAUCAAAAACACGAAAUCAUGAUGGAGAUUUUCCAAGGCAGCACGAUCAACACCCCGUCCAUGCUGUGCGUCGAAGAUUACGUGAACGCGCUCGAGUGGGCCACCGCCCAAGGCGGCAUGGCGGGCCUCGUCGCCAAAGCCACCGCCAACUUUAACGUAAUUGAUGCGUUUGUGGAGAAGAACAAGCACUGGGUCGACUUCCUCGCGAUCGACCCAGCGACACGGUCGACGACGUCUGUUUGUCUCGUGCUUCACGACACGUCCAAGGACCAGCUCAAGCGCAUGACGCAGUUGCUCGAGCAACACCACGUCGCGGUCGACAUUGGAAGCUACAAGGAUGCACCAGCCGGGCUGCGCAUUUGGUGCGGCGCGACGGUCGAGACUGCGGAUUUGGAAGCGCUUGUACCGUGGCUAGAGUGGGCUUAUGUCCAAGUGCAAGCGGACAAGUAAUCAAUUCACAUCUCAACGCGGCAAGUUCAUUUUGCUAGCUUGGACGACUCACUAUGGUUUGCGAUGUAUUCGAUGGGAACCUGGUUUGAUCUGAGCGCGUGCGGGACCUGUGGGGGCGAUCUUGUUCGACUUUAACUUGGGCGGCGCUUUACCAGACGACCCUUUGACGGGUUUUGUCAUCUUGACUGGCCGCGCUAAAGAACAAGAAGAUGAGACAUGCAAUGCCUGGUUGCGUGGCUGGCGUA